AUGGCCACCAAGGCUCCCAAAUCAAUCCUGAAGAAGCCCUCAAAUCCCGGCGCCAUCGCAGCGGAUCAGGCCGCUGCCGCCAAGGCCCGCGAGGUCGCAGUCACCCACGCAAAGAUUAUUCACCAGCAGCGUGAUCUCGAAGACCAAAUUGGCGACUCCAUUAUUGAGCUCUCAAAGUUCCCUCUUGUACGCGACGCUUCCCACACCGCCAGCAAUCCCGCGCCGUCCGAUGCUGCCGCUUUCCGUUCUGGCAUUCGCCUUUUCCAGCCGGGAGAUUACGAUGACCUGAUCGAGGAGCGCAACGCUGAGGGGCGCUGUGGAUACACAUUAUGCCCGAACCCGCGCAGGCGCUUCCCGGGCGGCGAGUGGAAGAUCGUGGGCUCCAGCAUCCUGCCCAAGAAGGAGGUGGAGAAGUGGUGCUCGCAACCAUGUGCGAAACGAGCCUUAUAUGUCAAGGUGCAACUCAACGAGACAGCAGCAUGGGAGCGCGCCGGCAUCGACAGCAUUCAGAUUGAACUCUACGAAGAACCAGAGCAGAAGCUGGUCAAGGAUAUGAGCAAUCUGCAACUAGAAAAGGAGCGAGACGCAGUCAAAAUUGCCCGUGAUCUUGCGCUCGAGAGGGGUGAUAUAAACAGAGAAACCCAGCAAUCAGUGCCCAUCGAUCUGAGGGAGAAGACUACCGUCAAAGCAGCCCAGGAGCCAUCACUGGAGGAUCAGCCGGGCACCGACGGGCACCUCAUGCUUGAAGGGUAUAAGGUCAAGUCAGGUGAAAGGAACCCCAGUCCAAUGGAUAUGGACGAAAUCUAA